AUUGUAUGUCUGAUUGUAUAUAAAUAGUUGGUUUAGUAUUUGACUAUUCAUUAGAGUUGUGACUUUUAUUAAAACCUCAUAUUUAGAUACAGUAUUGUAUUUUCGAAGUUAAAAAUAAAAUGGGAAUUGAUUUAUACGUAAACAAGUUCAGUACCCCAUCCCGGGCUGCCCUCAUGACUGUCCGACAACUACAGGCGUCAGUGAAUAUCGCAAUUAACAUCAAAUACUUGGAUUUACCGGCAAAUGAACACAUGACCCCUGAAUUCUUAAAGAUAAACCCGGCUCAUACAGUGCCCGCAAUCAGUGAUAAUGGAUUUAAUCUAUGGGAAAGCCGAGCCAUUUUGGCCUACCUGUGCAAUCAAUACUCACCGGAAAGCAGUCUAUACCCAAAAGAUCCUAAAACGCGAGCUCUGGUCGACCGCUCCCUUAACUUCGACAACACAUUCAUGACUGCCUUUAGAGAAGUUUUGACGGCCAAACACUUCAGUGGAGUGGAUCCGCCCGAAGAUAAAGUGACCGCUUUUCACAACAAUUUGAAAGUUUUGGACGCUUUGAUCGGUCGCAACAAAUAUCUGAUCGGAAAUCACUUAACAAUUGCUGACUUUUCUUUGGGGGCUAUAAUCGCAAACUUUCAUUGGUUUGACUUCUCG